CAAAGCUUCCAGUAUGGAAAUUUUAGCAAGCACGCUCCUCUAGUCUUACACCAGAGGACUCCUACAGCCUGAGAUCGCUCGAUGGCGCUCUGGAGCCAACCUCUAGAAAACAGCCCCUAUUUGUGAGGUAGAGCAUCCGAGUCCUGGAGCGCUAGAGAGGAUGGAGGAGAAGAGGCAGAGGAACUUCCUCUUCCGGCUCACCUGAAGGAGGAUGGUCGCGUGGGGAGCGGCUCUCGUGCUCUUCCCAGGGUUGCGGCUGCAGCUGGAAGAUGAAGAGGAUGUCCAGAAGACCAUCCUGAGCAUGUGAGAAUCAGAAGCAAAACUAAAAAGGAAAACAAAACUGGCGAGCAAUCAAGAGUUUUUUCCACUUCCUCCAGAAAACUGCAAAAUUCUUCUCCUUCCCAAGGCAGGUGAAAGACAAAAGAGAGAAUAACAGAAAGAGAAUUUUGAGCUGGAAAUAAUUGAGGAUGUGGAACUCACUGAAACACUCCAUGAAAAGGGCAAGGGCAAGAUCAUUUCCAAAUUCAAAAUAAUCCGGAAAUCCAGAAUGGAAGGGGUCACUUGGAUAGGCACAUAAGGUAGACAGUCAUGCGAGCCUCAUCAUGUGAACGAAGAAAGAGUAGCUUGAAUCAAAGCACCAUUGAAGAAGGGAUCACAAAUAUUUUGGACCUUGAGAAUCCAAAAAUGUAAGUGAUGGAAACACCCCUGCAAACAUUUCAGAUCAUAGCUGAUUAUGCAUGAGACGAUCCAAACUGGAGAAAAGUCCGCCCAGUGCCAUCACUGUGGCAAAAUCUUUAGGAAGCAGGCCACCUUAAGGAUACACAAGAGGACCCACACAGGGGAGAAACCAUAUGAGUGUCUGGAUUGUGGGAAAAGAUUCAGUCAGAAUUCCCAUCUGGUGAGCCACCAUAGGACUCACACUGGGGAGAAACCAUAUGAGUGCCCUGAUUGUGGGAAAAGUUUCAGUCACAAUUCCGACCUGGUGGUACAUCAGAGGACUCACACAGGAGAGAAACCAUAUGAGUGUACGGAUUGUGGGAAAAGUUUCAGUCACAGUUCCAACCUGGUGAUACACAAGAGGACUCACACGGGAGAGAAACCAUAUGAGUGUCCUGAUUGUGGGAAAAGUUUCAGUCAGAAUUAUGCCCUGGUGACACACCAAAGGAUUCACACUGGGGAAAAACCAUAUGAAUGUUUGGAUUGUGGGAAAAGUUUUAGUCAGAAUUCCCACCUGGUUAUACACCACAGGACACACACAGGGGAGAAACCAUAUGAGUGUCCAGAUUGUGGGAAAAGUUUCAGUCAUAAUUCCGACCUGGUGGUGCAUCAGAGGACUCACACAGGAGAAAAACCAUACAAGUGCCCCAACUGUGAAAAACGUUUCAGUCACAGUUCAAACCUAGUGAUUCAUAAGAGAACUCACACUGUGGACAAACUGUAUGAAUGUCCCAAUUCUGGGAAUAGUUUCAGUCACAAUUCCGAUCUGGUGUUACAUCAGAAAACGCACAUAGGAGACCAACCAUGUGAGGGUCAGGAGUAUGGUAAAAUAGUCAGUCAGAAUUGCCACCAGAUGUCUCACACUGAGGAUAAACCACAUGAGGGUCCAGAUUGUAGGAAAAAAUUCAGUCAGAAUUCUGAUGUUGUGAUACACCAGAGGGCUCACAUUGAAGAAAAACUGUAUGCGUGUCCAGAUUGUGGGAAAAGUUUCACUCGGGAUUCCCACCUGGUGAAACAUCAGAGGUCUCACACUUGGGAGGCACAAUAUGAGACUACAGAUUGUGAGAAACGUUUCAUUCAAAAUUCCAACCUCGUUGUACAUCAAAGGAGACACAUCAGAGAGAAACUGUAUGAGUGUCAGGAAUGUGGCAAAACCUUCGGUCACAAUUCCCACCUGGUGAUACACCAGAGGAUUCAUACCGGGGAGAAACCAUAUGACUGUCCAGAUUGUGGGAAAAGUUUCAGUCGGAAUUCCCACCUUGUGAUACACCAGAGAACACACACAGGGGAGAAACCAUAUGAGUGUCCAAAUUGUGGGAGAAGUUUCAGACAGAAUUACGAUCUGGUAAUACACCAGAGGACUCACACUGGGGAAAAGCCAUAUGAGUGUCUGGAUUGUGGGAAAUGUUUCCGUCGGAAUUCUCACCUGGUAAUACACCAGAGGACUCACACGGGGGAGAAACCAUACCGCAUCCAGUGCGGCCAAUGUGGCAAAACCUUUAGGAAGCAAGCCACCCUACUGAUACACAAGAGGAUGCACACAGGAGAGAAACCGUAUGAGUGUUCCGAUUGUGGGAAAAGGUUCAGUCAGAAUUCCCACCUGGUGAACCACCACAGAACUCACAGAGAGGAGAAACCAGUUUGCCUGGAAUGUGGGAAACGUUUCAGACACCGUUCCGACUUGGCGGUACACCAGAGGACUCACACUGGGGAGAAACCGUAUGAGUGUCCCGAUUGUGGGAAAAGUUUCAGUCAUAAUCCCGACCUGGUGAUACACCAGAGGACUCACACUGGGGAAAAACCAUAUGAGUGUCUAGAUUGUGGGAAAAGUUUCAUCCGGAAUUACGCCCUUGUGAUGCACCAGAGAAUUCAUACUGGGGAGAAACCGUAUGAAUGUUCAGACUGUGGGAGAAGCUUCAGUCGGAAUUCCGGCCUGCUAAUACACCAGAGGACACACACAGGGGAGAAACCGUAUGAGUGCCCCAUUUGUGGGAAAACUUUCAGCCAGAAUUCCCACCUGGUGAAACACCACAGGACACACACUGGGGAGAAACCAUACAAAUGUUCAGAUUGUGGGAAAAGUUUCAGUCAGAACGGUAGCCUGGUGAUGCACCAGAGGACUCACACAGGAGAGAAGCCAUAUGAGUGUCCGGACUGUGGGAAAGAUUUCAGUACUAGGACUAACCUUAUUAAUCAUGUAGGUUUACACACAGGGGAGAAACCUUUCAAAUGUCCAGUGUGCAGACGGUGCUUCACGCAAAGUUCCUCCCUUACUGCCCACAAGAAAAUCCAUAUGAAGCAGAAGGUAAUGACUGUAGGGAACGCUUGAAUUUCAUUUCUGAGCUGCUUUUAGAAGUAUGGCUGAGAAAUUAACUAUUUAAUUUCUGGCCUGAUUCACUUUAAUGAGAUAUGUCUUAGAACAGGGGUCUCCAACCUUGGUCCCUUUAAGACUUGUGGUUGGACUUUGCUGGCUGAGAGACUCUGGGAGUUGAAGUCCACAAGUCUUAAAGGGACCAAGGUUGGAGACCUCUGUCUUAGCACGAGUUAUGUGAGAGGAGAGAAAAGAAAUGGAAAAUGUUAAUUUUUAUAAACAAUAACUAUCUGUAUCUGGCUGCGAGCAGAACAGGCUGAAAAAGGUUUUGACAACUUAAAUUGGGACUUUAUGAAAAACCAAUUAGUAAAAAUGAAUUCUGGAGAAAAAUUUAUACAAAAUGAUUAGACACUAUACAAGAUAAUAAUAAACAGGGAACAAACAGAAAGCUUUGAAAUAUCUAAAGGAGUAAGACAAGGUUGCCCCCUAUCCCAUCGUUAUUCAUUCUGUCUGUAGAGACAUUGUUAUCACAAAUUAGAAAUAAUUUGGAAAUAAAGGGAUUAAAAAUUAAGUCACAAGAAUAUAAGGUCCAAGCAUUUGCAGAUGAUUUGGCAUUUAUUAUUGAGGAACCUCUAGUGUCUGGACCUAAUCUAUUGCAAGAUAUAAACCAAUUUGGGAUGGUAGCAGGAUUUAAAAUGAGUAAAGACAAAACCAAAAUAUUGACUAAGAAUUUAACCAACAGACAGAAUGAAGAAUUAGAGGAGAAACUGGGAAUUUCGAGAGCAAAAAAAUUAAAUAUUUAGGAAUUUGGCUAUCUGAAAAAUGUACCACGAUAAAGAGGGAUAACUAUGAUACACUUCUAGUACAAAUACAAAAAGAUCUGGAUAAUUGGACUAUAUCACUAAUUGGCAGAAUUUCGACAAUCAAAAUGAACACACUAUCCAAGCUACUUUAUCUAUCUAUCUAUUAUCUAUUUCAAAUGGUACCAAUAAAAUUAGGAAACCAAUUCUUUGAACAAUUAAAUAAAGUGACAUCAAAAUUUAUAUGGUCAGGGAAAAAACUGCGCAUCAAAUUCAAAUUAUUGCAAGAUAGUAGAAGGGAAGGAGGUUUCGGUUUACCAGAAUGGGAAUUUUACUACCAAGCGACAUCCCUAACAUGGUUUAAAGAUUGGAUACAUCUUAAGAAUAAACAAAUACUAACAAUAGAAGGCCAUGACCUCCAACUAGGGUGGCAUGGCUUUUUUGGGGAUGGGAAAAAUAAAUCACAUACCUAUUUUCAAAAACAUACGCUAAGAGAUGCCCUACUGAAAGUUUGGGAAAAGAUAAAAAAGAAUCAUUAUACAAAGGUCCCAAUUUGGUUGUCUACAAUGGAUGGUGAAAUGGUAAAAUACACAGAAUUAUUAGAUACAAAAGGAGAAUUGAAAUCAGUACAAAACAUGGAAUAAAUUUGGAUUGGUGGCCAUAUUUGCAAAUUAAAACUAAAGUUAAAAAAGAUAAGGAACAAUUUGGCAUAAACAGGGAACAAUCGGAAUUAGAUAAAAUAUUAUUAGGAUUUGGGAGAAAAAUGAUUACAAAUAUUUAUAAUUACCUAUUAAGAUACAAAUUGGAAGAAGAGACGGUGAAAGAAAUGAUAAGUUGGGCUAGGAAUUUUCGAUAUACUAUAGAAUUGGAAAAAUGGGAAAAAUUGUGGGAAACAAAUUAUAAAUUGACUAUGGCAGUAACAUAUAAAGAAAAUGUCUAUAAAAUAUUUUAUACAUGGCAUUUAGCACCAGUGAGAUUGGCAAAAAUGUACUCCAAUCUGUCACCUAAGUGUUAGAGAUGUGGCCACAAAUUAGGAACAUACUAUCACAUGUGGUGGAUGUGCCCCAGUGCUAAAAAGUUUUGGCAUAAGAUCAGAAGAUGGUUAGAAGAGAUUACACUCCAAAAGGGCCUCUGGUGGCUCAUCAGGCUAAUGCAGCCUGUUAUUAACAGCAACUGCCUGCAAUAUUGCAGGUUCAAGUCCCACCAGGCCCAAGGUUGACUCAGCCUUCCAUCCUUUAUAAGGUAGGUAAAAUGAGGACCCAGAUUGUUGGGGGGCAAUAAGUUGAUUUUGUAUAUAGUAUACAAUUGGAUGAAGACUAUUGCCUGACAUAGUGUAAGCCGCCCUGAGUCUUCGGAGAAGGGCGGGAUAUAAAUGCAAAUUAAAAAAAAAAAAAAAGAUUGAUUUUAAACCAGAGGUGUUUCUUCUAGGAAUGAUUGAUAAGAAAACUGAAAGAAGUCUGUACUAUAUAACGUUGCACAUAUUAACAGCAGCCAGUAUUGCUCUGGUGCAAAUGUGGAAACAGAUAAACACACCACUGGAAGAAAUAGUAAUUAAAAAAAUCCUCGAAUGUGUUACAAUGGAUAAAAUGACAAUGGAGAUUAAAGAAAAAGAUGAUUCGGAUUACUACAAAGUGCAGAACAGAUUCUAUGCGUGGCUAGAAAAUAGAAAUCAAAAUGAGUAAUAAGAAUUUUGACUAACUGAAAUGUAAGAGUAUUAAAUAUUGGUAAGGAUAAAAUACUGACUAUGUCAAUAUACAGGAUGUAAGUAUAUAUAACAAAAUUGUAUAUAAAAAUGCUCAAUACAGUUAUACAAGAAUAAGGGAUUAUUUAGAAACACUAAAUUUAAUAGCAAGGAAACUCAAUACAGAAAGUUGUUAUUAUAUAAUGUUUUUAUAUUUGUUUUGUAUUUUAAUAUUUUAUGUAUGUGUAUGUCUUCUUUCCUUUUUUUCCUUUUUCCUUUUCUUUUUUCGGUUUUUGUCUUUUUUCAUUAUGUUUUUGGUUUUAAAAAUGUAAAAUACUCAAUAAAAACUAUU